UCCUCGGGGUCCCUCCGGCAGCAGCAGCGGCAGGUCCGGCGCCGCCUGCUCGACGGAGCGCCCCGGCCCUCGCCCUGCGCCGUGCAGCCCCUUCCUCGAACUCCCCUCCCCGGGCGGAGGAGCGGCCGCCCAUCACCGCCGCAGCAACAGGAGGAGGAGGAGGAGGGAGAAGGAGAGAGAGACGCUGGCCGGCCGGCCGGACGGGGCGAUUGCUGCCGCCGCCAUGAGCGGCACAGCCGACGCCCGGGACUACGUCUCCCGCCGGGCGAUCCCACAGCUCUUUGAGAGCAUGCUCACAGGCCUCAUGUAUUAUCGCCCCGAAGACCCAGUCAGUUACUUGGAGCACUGCUUGCAGAAAGUCCGGGAACUGGGUGGACCUGAGAUGGUGCAAUGGGAUACUUUCAUCUCUCAGGAACGACGGGCCAUGCACACCAACAAUGCGCAGGACAAGGAAACCCUCUUCUGCAUAGAUCAUCCUCAUACCCCACAGAGAGACAGAAAGAGAGAAGAAAUGCACAUACCCACAUCCGCACUUUGCUUUUCCAAAGGAUGCCCAGGCUCAGCACCGUACAACAAGUAUGAGCGCCUGCGUCCCGUCGAGAGCCAGUUCUCCAUUGAGAGCGACUCAGACAUGACGGAAUCCACUGGCCUGAUCCAAGAGUAUGAUGUAUUUGACCCUGGCCGACCUCGUCCCAAGAUCAUCUUUGUGAUAGGGGGCCCUGGCAGUGGGAAGGGGACUCAGAGCAAUAGGAUGGCCUCCCAUUUUGGGUUCACCUGCAUCUCUGUCGGCGAGAUCCUGCGGAAUCAGAUGAUCCACCACGCCACCAGCGACAGGAAGUGGGAGCUGAUUGCCAAAAUAAUUUCCAACGGAGAGCUGGCUCCACCAGAAACGACUAUCGAGGAGCUGAAGCAACAGUUUAUAAAGCAGCAAGACGCGAAGGGUUUCGUGGUGGAUGGCUUCCCCCGAGACAUUGGCCAGGCCUUCACAUUUGAGGAGCAGAUCGGCUCCCCGGACCUUGUUGUGUGCCUGGCUUGCUCAAGCCAACAGCUCCGGCAGAGGCUAGAAAAGCGGGCCCAGGAGCAAGGCCGCCUGGAUGAUAAUGGCCACGCCAUCCAGCGCAGGUUGGAAACGUUCAAGCAGAACAUCCCGCUGAUUGUGAAAUACUACCAAGAAAAGGGAACCCUUGUCCGGUUUGCUGCGGACAGAGAAGAAGAGGAUAUAUUUGCAGACAUUGACUCCUGUGUUCAGCAGCGGCUCUGCCUGGAGAGGAUGGAGUUUCCAGAGUCUCCACUGUUGGCUCCGUUGGACAAUCUGUUCAGCCCUAGCCAAGAAUCUCCAAAGGAAGAACAGAAGCGGGGGCAGGCUGAAGAGCUUCUCAUUCCAGAAUUUCUCAGAAUGGCAGCCGAAAAAUUGAAAAACCACAAAGUCAUCUUUGUAGUAGGCGGGCCUGGCUCGGGAAAGGGGACCCAGUGCGAGAGGAUUGUUCAGAAGUAUGGCUACACCCACCUAUCCAGCGGAGACCUCCUGAGAGCGGAGGUCAGCUCUGGCUCAGACAGGGGGAAGAAAUUGUCGGCCAUCAUGGAGAAGGGAGAGUUGGUCCCGCUGGACACUGUCCUUGACAUGCUGAGGGACGCCAUGGUCGCCAAAGCAGAUGUCUCCAAGGGCUUCUUGAUUGAUGGAUACCCCCGGGAAGUGAAGCAAGGCGAGGAAUUUGAAAAGAAGAUUGCGGCCCCCACAUUGCUUCUGUACGUGGACGCCGGCAAGGACACCAUGGUGAAGCGUCUGCUGAAGCGCGGCGAGACCAGCGGGCGGGUGGAUGACAACGAGGAGACCAUCAAGAAGCGCCUGGAGACGUACUACAAGGCCACCGAGCCAGUCAUUGCCUUCUACGAGAAGAGGGGAAUCGUCCGCAAGCUCAGUGCGGAAGGCUCAGUGGACGAAGUGUUCCAGCAGGUCUGCACUCAUUUGGAUGCCCUGAAGUAAAAGCAGAGCGAAGCGCACCUGCCGGCCCUCCCCACUCCCCCACCCACCCCUCCUCUCUCACUCACUUCUCCACCUGUCUGUGAAUCUCCAUUCCUGCGGCCCUUCCCCCUCACCCCACCCCAGAUCCCUGCAGAAGCGCCCCCCCUUUCCCUCCCACCCCCUCCCAAGCCUCAGCAGUCCCCCUCCUGUCUGCUCCAUCUCCGAUUUCAUCUCAGGGGCUGUGACAGCGGAAGCAGCGUUAUCCUGUUUUCGCGGACGGAGCCCUGUUGGAGGAAAUUUCAAGGACAUUAUGUUUGGCUCUCUCCAAAGUAAAGUUCACUUUCUUGAGCUGAGAUUUUUUUAAAAAAAAUCUUUUCCCCCCUCCCCAUUCUUCUUCUUCUUCUUCUUCUUCUUCUUCAACAGGAAAAGCUCUUCUGUUCUGUUCAGAGGUUGAUUAAGGGCAGGAAACUGCCUGUUUCUCGCACUCCACGGCAUCCCGAGAAGCAAAUCUUAGGUCCCAUCUGCACUAUACGUUUCAAGCAGUAUCAUACCACUUUAAAGUCAUGGCUUCUCCCAAAGUAUCCUGGGAACUGUAGUUUGUUAAGGGUGCUGAGCGUUGUUAGGAGCAGAGCUUGGAAAAGUUACUUUUUUAAACUACAACUCCUAUCAGCCCAACCCAGUGGCCAUGCUGGCUGGGGCUGAUGGGAAUUGUAGUUCAAAAAAGUAACUUUUCCAAGCUCUGGUUAGGAGACUCCUAUUUCCCUUCACAGAGCUACAGUUCUCAAGAGUUCCCUAGGAAGAAGGAUUGAUGGUUAAACCACUCUGGAGAUUGUAGCUCUGUGAGGGGGAAUAGGGGCCUUCUAACAACUCUCAGCACCUUUAACAAACUACAGUUCCCAGGAUUCUGUGAGAGAAGCCAUGACUAUUUAAAGUGGUAAGAUCCUGCUUUAAAUGUAUAGUGCAGAUAGGGCCUUAUUUUCUCUGGGUGGUGGCGGAAAGGAGACAUUCUCUAAUGUCUGAGAGAAACUAAGGCUGGAUCUCUCCAAAAGCAAAUGCCUUGAUGGAUCUUUACCAUAUAAGGGCAGGAUGACAGCAUCUGCCAGUCUUAGGGAUGGGGGAGCAAUUCAGUUCAGUUCUUGUUGAAAGGAAACACACCUAAUUUGCAAAACGACAGAUGAACCGAAACACAGCCAUCCUUCAAAAUUCGCACUUCUUCAGAUUUUGCAGUGUAGUUCUGCAACCAAGUCGUGCGUACAAAAAUGAACAUACAAAAGUGCGCAUCAAAAAGCUAAUAUAAGUCAAAAUAACAUACAAAAAUGCAUUAUAUUGGGGGAAUUGUUUUGGAAAUAUGUGUAUAUUAGGGAAAAUUGCAUACAAAAGUAUGUCUUACUAGGAGGAAUUUGCACUAAAAUGCUGAUGAUUUUUUUAUGUGGACUUUCUUUUAAAAAUUCACAGAGUGAUGUUUUGUGGAAAGGAUAUAGAGCUGAACGUAUGAUGGGGGAAAUGAACAAGAAACUGAGAUAAACCAACAGUUGCAGAUUCAACAGUCUGUAGUCAGUCUACAGAUGCAUCCUCUGAACGCCACUUCUCCAUAGGCAUUUUUCUGCAGGCAAAGUACCCUCCAGGGUGAGAUAUCCCUGUAAUUCUCCUCUGGUUACUUAUUAUAAACAUCCCCCAGAUAGUGGCAUAGAGGCAGGGGUGUUGCUAGGUACUUAAAGGACUAGGAUGCCGCUCCAUGGUGCAAAUUUGCAUGUAAUUUCCAUAUGUUCAUGAAUAUGUAUAGAUGCCUCUGGAAAUUAAGUUGGUAUGCUUUGUAGCAUACCCAGCCACCCUAUGAGCAGGGGCUUAAGGCCCCAGGCGAUCUCCUCACACCAGCCUUGCACAGGGGCCCAACCACAAAUAAUAUCUUCCUGUUCCCUAGUACAGUGGGAGGUUUUUAAUGGCUUAGUAGGCUCUACCACUUCAGACAGCAAGGGAGAGCUGGCAUGAUCAAAUGCUCCUCUAUCUGCCCCUCCCCCCAAAUUCUCUGCACUUAGAUAAGCAGCACAUCAUGGUGGGAAACUAGACUCAAACUCUGGCAUUCUAAUUUUCUACGUGCAAGGUGUGUGCUGGGGGAGGGGAAUGUAGGAGCAUUCCUUCUAGUCAGUCCUCACCUAUACUCUGAAGUGAUGCAACCCAGACUCCAAUUGAAAACCACUAGGCUUCUAAGAACAUAAUCACGGACUAAUUAAGGUGAGUUUGUGUUCCCCACCCCAACAACAAAAAAAAUUGAGUUAAGAUUUCUGCCUUGAAAAGAAGAAAAAGAAGGGGGAAAUGAGCCUGUAAAUUUUGAGCCUGGAGUGGGAUAGGAAAGGAGUGGGCUAGAUGCCCUCCGGGUAAGUGGGGCAGGCUAUCUCUUAAAAAACAACUACUUGUGUGACACCCCCCUGACUUCAUUUGCCCCUUGCAGCAUCAGGUUAACAGCUUCUAUGUGCCUUUUUCUUUAGUCUGCUGAUGAAAAGAUGUGAGCGGAAAGAUGCUCAUCUCUGCAAAUCUUCUUUUUCCCCUCACUUGCUUCCUCCGUAGAGCAGGGGUGGGGAACAUCCGUGGCCCUCCAGAUGUUGGUCUCCAGCCCCCAUCAGCCGCAGCUGGCACGGACUAUGAGCGCGGCAGUCCAGCAAUAUCUUAGAAGGCCACAAGGGUUCUACAUUAGAGUUCCUAACCCUUGGGCCCCCUGGUAUUCCCAGACUGCAACUCCCAUCAGCCCUAGCCAGCUUUAGCCAGUGGUCUAGAAUGAUGAGAGCUGUAGUCCAGCAACAUCUGGCCACCCAAGGUUGGAGAACUCAGCUCUACAACACAGGUGGGGAACUGGUGGCCAUCCAGACAUUGCUGAAUGACAACUCCCAUCAUCCCUGGCCACUGGCCGUGCUCACUGGGCCACCUGGAGGCCCAAAGGUUCCCCACACCUGCUUUUGGGGAAAAGAUUUGGAGUAGGGGAGGGAGGGAUAUCUGCCGGAGCCCAGGACAGCAUAUCUAAGCUCGAGUGGAAUUCUGUAACAUGAACACUGGUGCCUCAUUUUCUUUCUGUCCGGUUGCCAGAUCGCUCCAAAAUCGCAGAUAGCAUUUCACAUGCAUCCAGAUGUGUUCUAUCGUUAUCCAGGGUUUUUUGUACAAUGAUUUCUAAUAUUUAUAUAAGUGUGGAAAGGGGGGAAUCAGCAGUCUCCCCAAUCCCACCCUGAGUCUUAAAGGCCCCGGGUCUGCUGGCCUGCUGUCUGAAUGUAUUUAUCAUAUCAUUAUUAAAGAUAAUAACAAAUAA